AUGAUUUGGUCUACAGCUAGACCUAUGACCGUUUAUUAUUUAGUAGACAAAGUUUUUGAUCAACAUAAAACUAAAUUAUUAGAUAUUUGGACAAGAGAUAAAUUAGACUUAUCUAAAGUUGAAUAUUUUGAUAAAUCUCGUAAUAUUGUGAAAAAUUUAAAUAAAAUUUGGCAAUCCGAGGAAACAUGGAAUCAAAUGAAUACUAUUUUAAUCGACGAUUCUUUGCUUAAGGCUAGACUACAACCUUUUAAUGCUAUACAUCCAAUUUCAUUUAGGAAAAAGUUUCAACAUGAAAAUGAUGAUGAAUUAUUAAAGUAA